UACAAUUUGUGUUGUCUCUCUCUCUAGCAAAUGAGGAGGCAUUUCAACAACUCUCCUCAUAGAUGACGAGAUCCUUUUUGGGCAUCAUAUCCGCCACCAUUCUACUCCUUUUCUCCGUGAUUCCUCCGCCGCCAGCCUCCGCGCUCGGCGGCUCCGGCGCCACCAUCGCCGCCGUGUACGGAUCCUCCACCACCGUCUGCUCCAUAGCAGCCGAACAAGCCAUCCAACAAAUCCAGUGCUGGAGGGAUGGCCAAUUGCUGCCCCCAAUCCUCCCUACCGUCUCCUUCGAUUACCUCGCCGGCGGCCGUGACACUCUCUGCGCCGUCCGCUCCGGCGGCCUCAGCCUCCUCUGCUGGAACACCACCUUCGCCCCCAAACGCAUCUACAACACCUCCUCCGCCCCCCUCACCUCCCUCGCAAUCGGAGACGCCCAAAUCUGCGCAUUGAGGAAUACUACUUCCGAUUCUGCAAUUUGCUGGCGCGGAAAUUCCGUUCAAUUUCCCGAUCGAUUUCGCAUGAUUUCGUCGGGGCUCCGAUUUUCCUGCGGUGUUACUGAGACUACCAACAGAGUUUUGUGUUGGGGCGACGGCGGCGGCUCUUCAUCUUCAGUCCAAUUAGAUUUUGCAAAUUUGUCAAUGUUCAAUAUCCACGUCGGCGGGAAUCACGCCUGCGGAAUUGACGUCUUAGGAAUCGUGAUUUGCAAAGGCAGCAACGACACCGGUCAACUGAAUAUACCGGCCAACACCUCCGGCGAUUACAGAGACCUCGCGCUCGGAGCGAGCCACACGUGCGCGAUCACGAGGUCCAACGGCAGCGUGGUGUGCUGGGGCGGAGAUGACAGAGAGUUCUCGAGCAGCAUUACCGAUGGAAUCUCUUUCGAAUCGAUUGUUGCAGGUUUCAAUUUCACCUGUGGAUUGACUCGCCGCAACUUCUCCGUCGUCUGCUGGGGCGCCGGAUGGCCUACCAGCGCCAACAACUUGCUGCCGCUGCAGAAGACUCUCCCCGGGCCCUGCGUCCAGACGCCGUGCUCCUGCGGCGAGUAUCCCGAUUACGAGACGCUCUGCGUUGGAGACGGCCAUAUCUGCGCUCCUUGUGAUCCGAUUUCCGCCGAUCCUGCUCUGCCUCCGCCUAGAAGCACUAGUCCUUCUCGGGGGCUGAGAAGGGGCUUAUUAGCGUUCGCAAUUGUAGGAUCCGUCGGCGGCUUCGCAGGGAUUUGCUCUGUGGUUUACUGUCUCUGGCGUAGCGGCGUUUGUUUCGGGAAGAAGAAGGUGCACAAUUCCGUACAGCCGACGAUCACCAAUUCGGGCAGCAAUCCGCCGUCGCGAUCGUCGACGCUGCGGCGGCAGGCGUCGAUCCUGAUGCGGCGGCAGCGGAGCGGCACGUCGUCGAAGCAGCACGCCGACAAGGCGGCGGAGUUUCUCUUCUCCGAUCUGGCCGAGGCCACGCGAAACUUCGCCGCCGAGAAUAGAAUCGGCGCCGGCAGCUUCGGCGUGGUGUACAGAGGGAAACUCCCCAACGGCCGCGAGGUGGCGAUCAAGCGGAGCGAAUCGGGGUCGAAAGCGAAGAAAUUCCAGGAGAAGGAAAACGCGUUCGAAUCGGAGAUCUCGUUUCUCUCGCGAUUGCAUCACAAGCAUUUAGUUAAAUUAGUAGGCUACUGCGAGGAGAAAGAAGAGAGGCUUCUGGUUUACGAUUUCAUGAAAAAUGGAGCUCUCUACGAUCACCUCCACAGCAAGAGCAACGUCGAGAAAAGCAGCAGCGUCAUCAAUUCAUGGCGGAUGAGGAUCAAAAUCGCUCUCGACGCCGCCCGCGGCGUCGAGUACCUCCACAGCUACGCGGUCCCCCCGAUCAUCCACCGUGACAUCAAGUCCUCCAACAUCCUCCUGGACGCCAGCUGGACGGCGAGGGUGUCCGAUUUCGGCCUAUCCCUAAUGGGGCCGGAGGACGAGAGGGACUACCGGCCCAUGAAGGCCGCGGGCACGGUCGGGUACAUUGACCCCGAGUAUUACGGGCUCAAUGUGCUGACGGUGAAGAGCGACGUGUAUGGCUUUGGGGUGGUGUUGCUGGAGCUAUUGACCGGGAAGCGGGCGAUUUUCAAGAACGCGGACGAGGGUGGAGCGCCGGUGAGCGUGGUGGACUACGCCGUGCCAGCGAUCAUGGCCGGGGAAGUGGGCCGGAUCCUGGACAGGCGGGUUGGGGCGGCCGAGGUGAACGAGAUGGAGGCGGUGGAGCUGGUGGCGUACACGGCGAGGCAUUGUGUGCAUUUGGAAGGGAAGGAUAGGCCUUCCAUGAGUGACAUUAUCAUUAAUUUGGAUCGAGCUUUGGGUCUGUGUGAAGAGAGCCAUGGUAGCAUUUCCAGCGGGACAAUUUCCAUCGCUUCGGAUUGAAUUCUUUUCAAAUUCUUUUUGACCUAUUUUUUUUGUUUUAGGUUUAGCAUUUUGUAAAUUCACGUUUAUUUUUCUAUACCAAAAAUGUUAGAUUAUUGGCUUUGCUUUGGCUGUGAAAAGAAUUCCAGAAGAAACCAAACCAAAUAAUCGAAAACAAAAUGUGUAAUUGAUGCUAGAAUUUCAAGUGUAGGUGCCACGAAUGGCCAAGUCUCAAAUGAAUUUUAUUUUCUUUGUACCCAUUAAUUUACUCAGUGCUGUUUUACUUUUCAA